AUGAGUUCUUCCCACUUGAAGAGUCUUUCGAUUGGCUCGGAAACCUCGUCGAAGUCAGGAUCGCGAACCGAGCCGUCGCCGCCGCCGCCGCCGCCGCCUCCAGCAGAUCCGCCGGCAUAUUCUGACACUACCGGAUCUUCCGAUUUUCAAUUUGAAACCCUCGACUUUACCCUCAGUCCUCUAGGGAUUCCGACUUCAUCCGAGUGCGUAGCACAUUUAAGGCUUCUAAAUGCAUUCCAUCGACUGAGGUACGAAGUUGGCAACUUCGAAGGUGUCUUUGGUAUCAAUGACCCCGGUGCGACAGAUGGGCCUGAUCGCACUCGUAAUGCCGAAUGGUUGAAAGAAAAACGAUGGGCCAUCUACGUUACAAGAGCAGCCGAUCGGUUCGAGAAAUGGUGGGGUUCGCUACCAAAGACUUCAGGCGAGAAGAAUGCCGGCGAGUAUGACACGAGCGAACCACACGGGAAACCUACCUUGAAAACUACAGAUUUCGAAUUCGUAGUCGAAACCUCUCCGUCUACUCAGAAUCCACGCACAUUUCCGGUCUCUAGACAGCCACUAGGGAUCGGAGAAAAGCUACCCCCACUCGACAUCCUAAUGGUCUGGCAUGCGUACAUGUUAAAUCCAAGAGUGUACCUCGAGGACUGCAUGCGUCUAUCGAGACAAGACCUCUACACAACCCCGUUCCCUUGGGAACAAGUUCACAAACGAAUCAACGGAGACACGUUUGUCUUUACUGUGCCAGCAAUUCAGAAGAUCAACUUCGAGAAAGAUACUGGGAUCACCUGGGACAACAUCGACGGUCCGAACGAAAAAGAGAUUGCUUGCCCCAAUUGUUCUACGACACUCCACGUGCCAUGGACGCAGCCUCCCGCGGAAUUACUUCUAAAUGAUCAGUCUUUCAAGACCUUCAUGAGCCAUGACUCAGGUUUUGCAGGUAACGGGUUCUCCGAAACUUGUCAUUCAUGUCACUUGACCGUGACGCACGAAAAGCUACGCGUCGCAAAAUUUAUAGAUGACUGCAAUGCCCUGCUAUCGCAGAAACGGCCUAUGCCAGGUACGAUCCUUGGCUUGGACGGGACACCAGAACUAGUCGAAGAAAAGAAGAAACUGGGUAACCACGACCUCUUCUUCCCGAAUCGCAUAGUGGAGCAGCUGCCCGAUUUCCGAUUCUCGUUCAAAGCAGACCCAGAGCUCACAAUGGAGAAUGUCAAGUCCCGCAUCGAAUCUAUCAUGGCCAACUCCUCGGAAAUAAGCGUUGUGAACGCAGACCAAAGCAAGCCCGACUUCAUCUCCAAGAAAUCGAAGAAUGCAAUCCGGCGGAUGAUGGCGCAGUACUGGGACAACUCUUCGCGAUUUGGCAUUGAUCUUAUCGGCGCCGUCAUCCGCCAAGGCACAUUCGUACAAAAGAUGUACAAAAUCGACUGGUACCACUCCCCCGCCAUAAUCGCAACCAUGGACCGCUCAAUUCUCAAAUACCACCGCUUCAUCGGCCUCAUCAAAGACAACCCCAAAAGGACAGCCGUGCCCACCCUCGACGUCGACUUAGCCUGGCAUACACACCAGCUCAAUCCGAGAACCUACUACAUCUACACCGUCUACGAGACCAAGAAAUUCGUCAACCACGACGACAAGAUCCCUGAAGGCGAUCUCUCCACCUUCUUCAAAUGGACCUGCAACGCGUACGAAAGGAAAUACGGGAAGCCGUACUCCGAGUGCUCGUGCUGGUACUGCGAGUCCACCCGCGAAUCCCAACGCCUCUCCAUCGUGUCAAAGCUGAACCCUCUCGCUAGAGCGAGACUGUGGGAGGUCGGCAUCUACCGCACGCGCCAGCCUACCGAUGUCGUCAACGGGCCGCAUAUCUCGACGCACAACGCUAUCAAAUGGUCCGCCGACGGCUUCGAGCAGCGGCCAAAGCUGUUACACGACAACGACAAGGGCUACGCCAAAGUGUGCAAGGCUGCGCAGAAGAAGGGGACGGAGCCGCCGAACAGGGAUGAGGGCGAGUAUGUCUAUUCGCCGUACGGCAUGCCGAUGUAUGUUGAGUACUAUGGCCCGUAUGUCGCAGAUCCUACGGUCGGCGAAGGCGCCUAUUGUACGGACCCGACGCAGGCGGAGAAUAGGCCCGGGGGCGGGGGUGGAUGCGUGGCGGGGACUUGUGGAGGCACAAUUAGUCUUGGGAGCUGUGCCGGUGAUGCUGGGCCAGCUUGUGCGAGCGCUUGCGGUGGACAUGGGGACGCGGCUGGGGGUUGUGGAAGCUGUGGAGGGGGAUGUGGAGGUGGAGGAGAUUGA